UGUUGAUACUUCGUCACGAGCGAUUUCCCUCCAGCUCGUGCCGCUCAGCGGUGGUGCGGAAGCAAGGGAGCGAUGGGAAAGCCUCGUGGCAGUAAAAGAAAACCCGAGAAUGCCGUGAGCGGUCCGAACGGAGCUUUUUUUGAGCGUCCGAAUCGUCGCGAGAGAGUGAGUGCCGCCGGAGUGCCGGAGCAAGGACGAGAUCACGGUGUGCAAAGGGUGCCACGUACCAGGACACUGACGAUGGAGCGGUAAUUGACAAGCGACGCGACGCGGUUAUGACACUGUGGCCGAACGAAGGAUCGGAGAGCGCUUUUCGGGCGACAGAGCGAUUCAGUUCGGCCGAGGACAUCGUCGCGUGCGGAUCGCAGUUCGGUCGCGUUACCGUGUGUUCGAAGCACUGCUGAUCUGUGUGUGUGUAUGUGUGUGUGUGCGUGCGUGCGUGUGGUGAGGGGUAGAAGAAGGGAGAAAGUGGUGUUUAUGUGUGUGUGAACAAGGUUAGUGAGGGAAAACGCACGAGAAAAGAGUGUUUCUAAUGGUAGCAGUGUUGAACAAAUACUGAAGUGAAUUUCAUUCCAAUCACUCUUGACGUCCGUUAAUGGAAGUGACCACAUACGAGUUACCAAAAGCAAAGCAAAAUGUGAACAAAAUGUAAUUUACGGUUAAUCAUUGAAGUGGAGGAGUGUAUUUUGUUCCUGUUAAAAACAAAACAAAAAAUAAGAAAGAAAUUUCUGAAUGCUUCGACGUUGGAUGAAAAACUGGGUUUCGAGAGAAUUCUGCUGCUUUCGGAUUAAAACAGCUCAGUCUUUCACCACUGUGUGUGUGUGUGUGCGUUCCCGGAGGUUGGUUAAUCACGAACAUGAAGCACGCAAGGGUAUAUUGAUGCACUCCACAUUGCCACAUUGCAGCAGCGGGCGCCCAACUGUGGUCGAAUUUUAAUCAGCAAGCGUGACAACGACAUCACCAGCAAGACCGGUAAGCUGAUCGGAACUCAUCGAUGCGAUGUAAUUGAAUGUGGUGACAGUGUGUGUGUGUGUGUGUGCGUAUGUGUAACCUUAUCCAAAAAGGGAAGAGAUCGAUUUUUCCCCUCAGGAAUUUAAGUAAAACUCCAUCGAAUGUACCCAGUUUGUGAGGAGAGACAAUCAAUACACAGCCUGAAAGGAGCGAAUUGAUUGAAACCCGAAACCCUCGGAAAAGUGCGUUACGGUUUAAGCAUCGUUUCCAGCACGUUAAACACUCUUCUAAACAAAACCGAAUUAAAAGCACCGGAAAAUUCGAGUGCAAAGUGCAACCAUUGCGUAUCGCUUGUCUCCUGUGUCUUGGCUGUCUGUAAGCGAAAAGGGUGUGACCGCUAACCGCCGCACUGAAUUCCAUCUCGAGUGCCAACAGUCCCCCUUUUCUCGCUGUACCGAGCAGUGGUAAAUGUGAGUGUGUGUGUGUGUGUGCGUUUAAAUCAGUGGCAAUAGGGAAUGGGCACCGUUUACCAUCUUCCCUGUUCACGCGCGUGAGAGGGAAAAUCCAAGCAAUCCAUACCCCUUUUGAAACUGUGCAACCAUGCAGCGCGUUAGUGUGUGUCCCUGAUAAAGUGUGUACGUGUGUGUGUGUCGGAGUGUGAAAAAGUGAGUAGGGAAAAUGGUUAGGUGAUAUGGUUGAUGGUUGAAAGUUGAAGGCAAAGCGAGUAAUAGGUGAUCAUAUGGUAGCCUAGUUUCUCAACCCAACCGGUUCCUGUAGCAACGGUGUGUUCAUAGGUGCAGGAUGAGUGCGUUCCCCGGUGACGGAGGGUAGUGGAGGAGCCCUCCAAGAAGAGAGGCGUGCGUGUGUGUGUCAGUGAGUGUAUGGUGAACGGGAUAAUCUAUUAAGUGGAUUUAUUAUGGUUUAAAUAAAGGAUUAUUAAGUAGCACGGUGAUCGGUUAGGGAGCAAAAUCCUUACACCACGAACAAAAGGUGUAACAGAGAGAGAGAGAAAGAGAGAGCAAGAGAGGAGUGAAGACGACGUAAAGGAAGGGCAGCAACGGAAGCCAUUACGUUGGGAAAAGCUGGAGGAAUUUCAAAGAUGAUAAUGAAAGCAAUACAGUAUUCGCUGCUGGCAGCGCUGGCCCUGAAGCUGCUGGGGGUGUGCUAUGGGUGCAAAAUUUCCGAGUACCCGUGCAAGGGCGGGGCCAGCUGUGUGCCGCUGGACAAAUACUGUGACGGGCGAGAUGAUUGUGGAGAUGGAAGCGACGAGCCGAAGCUGUGUACAGUGUGCAAUCGGACGUACUACGGUGAUAUAGGGCGAACGUACACGCUCACGGUACCGCCACCGCAGUGGAACCGGCUGCCAUUUCUCUGCCAUCUUACGUUUACCGCUUCCGGUCACGAACAGGGUGACAUCGUGCAGAUCAUAUUCGACAAAUUCACCGUCGGCCGGUUCGACGAAGGGCUGAUCGACCCGGACAUGGAUUCUAGUGACGCGAGCCUUACCAGCGGCGGCGAUUUGCCAGGCUGUCCGGAAGGCUUUAUGCAGCUCAGCGAACUGGGACGCCCAUUCACCGGCGGGUCCUGGUGCGGGAAGGCUUCCGGUCAUCAGCUGUACUUCAGCGAAACAUCCACGGUGACAGCAUCUGUCAAGGUCUUUCAUGCACCGAUGCAGGCCGGGACGCCGUUCGAAUUUCGCAUCCGGUACAAAUUCAUAAGUCAAUCAGAGGCUAUUGUCAGGUACGGUGCACCGAGCGAGCUGCUCGAGCUGGGCCGUGUCACGCCCGGCACGUACUGUACGCGCCAGUAUGACGAAUGCUACCGGAAAAAGUGUCGCCUGCAGAGCCCCAACUAUCCGGGCAUGUACCCGCGCAACGUCACCUGCUACUGGACCAUCCGGCAGAAGGUGGUGCCGACCUGUAAGCAUGCGAUGGUCGCUAUCAGCCAGGAGAAUGAGCACAAAGCACUAGUGAAGCGAUCCAUCGCGAGCCUAAACAAAACGGCACGAGCGGUGCGGGCCUGGUCGGACUGUACGGGCGAGCGGGAUCAUCUGAUCUUCUACGACGGCAGCAGCACCAACGAUCCCGUCCUGGCGAAGUACUGCGGCGGCGACUGGCUGCCACGGGUCGUGUCGCGCGGACCGGAAAUGCUGAUCGCCUUCCAUUCGAGCCCGUUCUCGGCCCCGCUCCAGUCGGGCCAGUCGAACCGUGGCUUCGAGCUGGACGUUGACAUUCUGUUUGCCGAUUCCGACUCGUACGACUUUGCCCAGGGCAGCAAGUGUGAGUUUCACAUCAACGCAACGAAUCCAGAUGAGGUGCUGCUGUCGCGACGGGGCCGGAUGGGCCAUCUGCUGAGCCCGCGCCACACACUCGCACCGAACACGACCUGCACGUACUACUUUCACGGGCUGCCGACGGAUUUGAUCUGGAUCUCGUUCACCCACUACCACCUGCAGAUACUGCAGCCGAGCAGCAGCGGGAGCGAUAACUCCACCAUUGGACGGCACGAGUCACCUCUGCCGUGGAUUACCCGUACGCGCAUUUGGGACAGUGCUGGUACGUUUGUCCCCGUGCGUACCACUUCCCCGGCAAGUGUACUAUCCUCGCCGAGCGGUGCUGGCAGCUCCCCCGGCUACGGCUCGACGCUCGGUGCCGGUGCGGCAUCGGUACUGCCCGGGCUAACCACGACGACGGCACUGUACCAGCAGCUAAUGAACCGAACCGUCAACAGCUACUACACCGGUGUCAAUCAGAACGGCAAGAGUCUCAAGAUCAAUGUGGACAACGUGUGGAACCCGGUCGAUCAGUACAUCUACGGGCCGACGGUGAACAGUAUCUUCAACCAACCGCCACCAACGGCACCGAGCGAUGGCGUUCGGGGUCGUGGGAAUUCAGCAUACAGUUCAUCCGGAUCGCAGGAUAAGUAUUCGAAGCACAAGGGCGGCAAGUCCGAUAUUGGGGCAGGCAAUUACGUGCAAUCGGUACGGCACGGGAAGGACUCAUCCGGUGGGUACGAUCUAGCGAAGGAUCAUGGCCGCAAGGAUCGAGGAUCGUCCAAAUCGGCCUACGGUUCGCGCCGUCUAAUGGCGGAGUUUUUCGACAAUGAAGCGCCGAAGCUGUGCGAUCACAUGACGCUGGAGAGUAAGGGACAUCGGAUGCGACCCUGCACACCGCUGGAGAGCUACGUUAGUACGGGGCGGGAUUUGAAAAUUGAAUUCCACACCAUGACCGGAACCUCACUGUUUCCUUCGAGCUUCGGUAUCAACUACGAGUUUGUAGACACGGAACUCGGCGGAGAACCAUACCUUGGUGAGCAGAAACAGAAACCAAGGGACCCACAGGAGGACCUUACCCAAGCGGCCGAUCCCUCCCUGCCCAUACUGUGUUCGCGUGUCUUCCGCAAGCGCAAGGGUGACUUCCAAUCACCCCGGAACGUAUUCCUGCAUGGUCGGGGUGGCGCUAAGAACAUCUCCUGUCUGUAUCGGUUCGAAGCAUCCGUUGGUGAGCGGGUCCGCGUGGAGCUGUUUAACGUAUCGUUCGGUGAGUUUGCAACGUGCGUCACCGAGAGCGAUGGACAUACGGGGCGUGCCCGGUGCAGCCCGUCCGAAACCGACCCGGACAGCCGCAUCGGGGAGUUGCGCCUCUACGACGUGCCGUACCCGGACGCAAGGAUACCGCUCGGCUGCUUCUGCGACAAUACGAGCAGCACCUACAACGCGCCGCUGACGUUUAUCUCGAACUCGCGCACGCUGGAAUUGACGUUCGUGGUGACGCGGCUGAACAUCUCGGAAGACUUCGCGGACGUGUACUUCCACGCGGCGUACGACUUUAUACGGGUGCCGGAGUGUCGGCGAAGGUUGCGGCUGAAGGGUUCGGGUGGGGAGGAUGAGAUGAACUUCCCGCUGCGAUCGCAUGAGGCGAGUUGCGACGGGUUGCCGUGGUACAUUGAGGCGCAGCAGCAGGAUCGCAGUUUGUUCGUGCGCACGUGGGGCAGCUUUCUGCCGGUGGAACCGGUGGCGGAUGAUUUUUCGAAGUGCAACACACGCAACCGGUUGAUCGUGUACAGCGGGGUGCCGUUGAAGGUGAUGCGGGUGAUUUGCCCGUCACCACCGUCCAGCAGGUCGGCGGCGCUGCACAUCUUCAGCGAGGAUUGGUUAAGCAAUCAGCCCUUCCUGACGUACGACAGGCCGGUCAGCAUGGUGCUGGAACCGAUCCACAAGGAGCCGGGCAGCAUAGGGUUCUCGUGGCUCGAGAUACAGCGGACGAAGGCGUCGCUCAUCCAGCAGCUCGAUCUGCAGUCCAACUUUACCACCAACGAUACGCUGGUGGAGUUUGGGCUGUAUCCACGCGAAACGGAGUGCGAGUACCGGUGUCCCGAGCUGGACGCUUGCAUCGGUAGCGCCCUCUGGUGCGAUGGUCGUCCCAACUGUCCGUCCGGGUACGACGAAAGCGAGCAGGAGUGUGGCAGCCGGCUGAUCGAGCUGCCGGGCGGCAUCUACGCCGCGUUCGGGUGCGUGGCCGCCGCCAUCUCCGCCUGUCUCAUCUUCUGCCUGCUGGUGAUGGUGAAGAAGCGGCGCAAGGCGAACGAGAAGCUCAAACCGACGGUCGGCAAUGGGGCGGCUGCCUCGCUCAACGGUACCCUCUCGAAGAAGGACUACAAGAAGGAGCCACUGUUCUUCGAUCCGGACUCCUGACACGGGCUGCAACCGGUCGAAUACAUCCACGUCGACCGGGAAACGACCGUGUGACAUGCUGUCUACCUGGAUAUGGAUGAUCUUGCGUACUGCUAGACCGCUUACCAGUGUUCCCCCUCAUCCCAUGCAUCCCCAGUCUCCGUCUUUUUUCAUCAUUCCUCCGUUCUCUAUUUCUCCUCUAAACCCUCUACUAUAGUCCCUUUUUCAUAAACCCAGUCAAAUGAGUGAGCGAUCAUACAACUACUCCAUAUUGAGCGCUCAAGCGCCCAAACACCCAAAACGGUAAGCAAACAAAUAUACUCUCUCUCUCUCUCUCUCACACACACACACACACACUCAGUAGAGCACUAUCUAGCGGAUCAAACGAGAACGCAACCAGUCAUCCAGCUAUCCAGGUUGACAAUGCCAGUAACGGCCAAAACCAGCAAGCCAACGUCUCUCUCAGACGGAGAGGUGUGGCAGCACAGCUAUCGGUGGAUAUUUUAGGCCCCCGGCCCGUUGUUUGAAGUGCACUUGCACACACUAGCUCUCUGCAAGUUCUGCAUCGGUUUUCAUGAUGCAGCUACUGCGGAAGCGAUGCAAGCAAAAGGGGAACGGUACGUUCGAUGUAUUCUACCGCGAAAGGCUUGGAAAGGUAGAAGGGCCACGAAAUGGGAGAUGUGAAGAAUGCAAGGAAGGAAGGAAGUCAUAGCGUAAACACUGUUUCCUAGUAAGAUAUAAAAACGCGAGAAGAAAAUCGUGACAACCAGUAUAUUUAAAUUAUCUAGUUGAACAAAUGUAGCAGAGCACAUAAAACAAAACUAGCAGCACAAGACAACAACAAAAAAAAACAAAAAACAA